AUGGCCAGGGAGAUCUUGGAGAAAACUGAGUUGGACUCUGACGAGAGUAUAAUCUCCCUUGAUGUAAAGAGUUUGUACACUAAUGUCCCGCUCAAGGAAGCGAACGAAAUAGCCCUGAGGAGGUUAUAUGAGCAAGUCAACCCUCCGGAAACAUCUCGCAAGACUAUGAAAAAACUAAUGAAGUUGGCAGUGAGUAAGGGGGGACGCCUUACUAUUCAUGAUAGACACAACAAAAAACUUGUGGCACUGGCUGCCGAACAGGAAAAACCCUUGAGAUCUGUGGGAAAUACUGUCAAAAUUAUUGGUGAUUUGGAGCCACCGAAGUAUGUUAUUGAUCUGCUUUUAUUGGGUCCCAAGCACCCUGUUCUGGACCAAUUCAAUGAGAUGCAUUUUUUGGCAGAUAUCGACAAAGUACUGGCUCAAAUGAAAAAUGAUGACUCAAAUAUUGCUGCUAUGAACGAAGUAAACGCGUUGACUGUUGGUUAUCUCAAGCAGAUGAAGAGACAGAGGCCUGACCGCGCAGUAAAAAUGGUUACCUUAUAUCUCAAAAAGAACAAGUUGAAGGCGGUCCCUUUUGAUAAGGGUGCUGGCUACUGUUUGAUGUCUGCCGGAGAUUAUAGCGAACGACUCUUAGAAGUUCUGAAUGGAGAACAGUUCAAGCCUUUCGAUGAUUCUAGAAAGAAGGAUGCUUUAAUUGCGAUUGAGUCGACGUUCAAUAGAAACCUCAUGUCACUAGUUCGUGCGGGGAAGAUCUCAUCCGAUUUAUACAGUAAAUGCAGAUCUACGGGUGUUCAGCCGGCGAGACUGUAUGGCCUGGCGAAAUUGAGUAAAUGGUUUGAUAAAGCCAAAAUAGAGACGUCUACUAUCAAUAUCAAACGUGACUUGAUGGAGGUGAGUUUAGAGGAAGACGAAGUUAUUGUUUCUCUCGACGUCAAGAGCCUUUAUACCAACGUCCCUGUCCUAGAGUCGAUCGAGUUAGCAGCAGAUAUUCUCUAUAAUUCGGAGGAACUUCCUCCUGUUGAUAAAGAAACUUUUAAAGAUCUCAUGAGAAUGGCGGUUACAGACGUUUAUUUUAUGUGUGAUGGCAGAUGGUAUAUCCAAACUGAUGGGGUAGCGAUGGGUUCUUCUUUAGCAGUCAUUCUUGCCAAUAUCUGGAUGAAAAGUUUCGAAGAGAGAAUCAGCAGACAACCACCUGAUAACUUCAACAGCAAUGGUUCAAAAGACAGCUAUCCCUGUGGCACGUGCAUGUUGGAGGUCCUGGAUGAAGGUUUUUCUAUUUGCUGUGAUGACUGUGACCGAUGGUUUCAUCUUAAAUGCACCAAUUUAACCAUCCGCCAGCUCAAAGGUAUGGAUGAUAAUUAUUGGAAUUGUGGUUGCGGUGCAGUAUCGUCCAGACCUAAAGCAAAAAAUUUUGGCAGGUACGUAGAGGACAUCCUGCGUUCGGUCAAGGUUGUUGAGAUUGAUCGCCUGUUAUCAUAUGUGAAUACGCUACAUCCAAAUUUGGAGUUCACAAUAGAAUUACAGCUCAAUGGGACGCUUCCUUUUCUCGAUAUGCUUAUUAGACAGUCCGGCCGUACUAUCAGCACAGAAUGGUACAGCAAAGCUACAGACACUAGACUCACCCUUGGGUUUCACGCCUGUGCGCCAACAAAAUACAAGAGGAACAUUGUUCAGGGCACUUUGCACAGAAUUGAUCACUCCACUUCCACUUGGGAGGCCUUUGAUAAAGGUUUGAGGAAAGCAAAAAAUGAUUGGGAAGCAAAUCAGUUUUCUCCGGCUUUUUAUGAAACCAUAGUGACAGAUUCUCUUCUUAAAAUCAAGGAAAACCAGGACACGACCACACAAGCAACGACCAAUUCAAAAAAGCCUGAAAGUAUCGAGGAACCAGUUAUCCGGCUCCAGUAUCGAGGAAAAGUGUCUGAUAUUUUCGCGAAAAGGCUGCAAAUUUGUGGUAUUUCUACAAUAUUCACGAUCCGCAAACUCAGAACCUGUCUUCCCACUUUGAAAACAGAUUUCCCUAGGUAUUUGACGAGUAGGGUGGUUUAUGAGAUAUGUUGUCCAGGAUGCAAAUCCUGCUAUGUUGGACAGACCGUCCGACACCUGAUCACCCGAAAAAUUGAACACCUUAGGGACUCUGCACCGUUAUGUAGUCAUCUAAAGGAAUGCGGAGCAGACAAGGCUGCAGUUGAGGCGAGAAUUUUAGACAGAUGCUUAGACACGAAUAAACUUUUGACCUUAGAAGCGCUUUAUAUUUCGAGGAGAAGACCUGCCCUCAACACGCGCGAGGAAUACCGGCAGCGGUACCUCACAGUCAAGUUGUGA